CUCUUCCUUUUACUUUUUCCACUUUAUUGCUCUGAUUACUGGAAGAAAGAAAAAAUAGCCCAAGAAAAUACAAAAGGAAAGCUCAACAGAUAGAUACUCCAAUUAUUAUUUCAAAUCUUAUAGAGGUAUCAUUUGGUUGUCUAAUGUUACAACUGGUCAACUCAAUUCAAAACCAACUUUUCCAACAUGAUGAAGCUGCUCAAUAUGUUCCAUUUUUAUCCUCUUUUCUUGAGUUAACUGAGUAGCCAAACGACUUCUUUGUCCACUUUUGAUCUGCAGGGACAGUGCUGUGCUUUUUUCACUCAGGGUGCUGCUUGAACAUGGGCUCUAUAAUUCGAUAUCAUAAUCUGUUUGAGACUAGACGACUCAUAUGUCUAUUGGGCAUGGUUUUUGGCCUUGCUUUGAUGAUUCAGUAUUUUGGUUUUCCAUAUGGUUAUGCCCUGUCUUCUUUGUUUACUGCCAAUGGGGGUCAAAUAAGCAGCUCGCAAAGAGUAGAUCAAUCUGGUAACUUCAGUAGGUCAGAAAACUUGAAACAUGGUAGCGUUUUGAAUGCUACUAACACAAAUCUUAUCCAUGAAGCAACUAAUGAAACCAAGCUCUCUAAUGCAAAAGAUGAAGAGGUAGAGGAUGCUGCUAUGCCUCCAAUGAAUGAACAUUCUGGUGAUAACUUAACUGAGGACGUUGACCCUGAAGAUGAAUCCCCUUUUAAGGAUUCAGAACUGGACAACAAGUCAACUGGGGAAAGUUUAGGAAGAAAUAGUAGCCUACCUCCAGAUAAGGUUGCUGACUCUGAAUAUGAUUUACAAGCUUCAAAUGGUACAUCUGAAAGUUCUUUAUCACGCGUGGUUGAUACUGAUGGGGGAGGAAGUAUUUCUCCAGCGCCGACGAAAGCUAAGUCAUUGGAGUUGAGUCCCACAGCUUUGUCUAUUGCACCAUCACUAUCGGUUGCAACACCUCAGGUCAAUCUUGAUGCAAAAAAAGAACCUCCAUUGAUAUCUUCCUACCAGAACAUAUCUGAAAAAGAAGGAAAUACAGGCCAUCUACUUGAAAGUGAUAAAAUAUCUGUGCAAAAACGCACUGACCAUGCUCCUCCUGUUAGUCAUUCUUCGAUAAACAACAUUCCUGUUAUGAAGGAGUCCGACAAGCCAAAAGGAAGUGCAGUAUCAAUAGCUGAAAUGAACAUAAUGCAGCAAGAGACUGGAACUUCAUUUCGUUCAAUGAAACCACGGUGGUCCUCAGAUGUAGAUCAAGAACUACUACAUGCAAAAAGUGUCAUUGAGAAUUCUCCUCUGUCAGGAAAUGAACCUGGCUUAUAUGCUCCUUUGUAUAGAAAUUUGUCAAUGUUUAAGAGGAGCUAUGAAUUGAUGGAGCAGAUUCUCAAAGUUUACAUUUAUAAAGAAGGUGAAAGACCGGUAUUCCAUACGCCAGUUCUUCAAGGAAUAUAUGCUUCUGAGGGUUGGUUUAUGAAGCUCCUAAAAGGAAACAAGAAAUUAGUUACCAAGAACCCCCAAAAGGCUCACCUGUUUUAUCUACCGUUCAGCUCUCGUAUGCUAGAAGAGACCUUAUAUGUCCCUGAUUCUCACAGUCGUAGGAACUUGGUUCGAUAUUUAAGUGAUUAUCUCAACAUCAUUAUCCAAAGACAUAAUUUUUGGAACAGAACUGCUGGAGCUGACCAUUUUCUUGUUGCCUGCCAUGAUUGGGCCCCUGCAGAAACAAAACGAAUAAUGGCUAAUUGCAUAAGAGCUUUGUGCAAUGCUGACAUUAGAGAAGGCUUCCAAUUUGGUAAAGAUGUUUCGCUUCCAGAAACAUAUGUACGUCAAGCUAAGAAUCCCCUUAGAGAAAUUGGGGGAAAACGUCUUUCUAAGAGACGGACUCUUGCUUUCUUUGCUGGCAGCAUGCAUGGUUACCUUCGCCCUAUCCUAUUGAACUACUGGGAAAAUAAAGAUUCUGACAUGAAGAUUUUUGGCAAGAUUAGUAAAGUAAGCUAUGUCCAAUACAUGAAGAGUAGCAAAUACUGUAUAUGUGCAAAAGGUUAUGAAGUCAACAGUCCUCGAGUAGUGGAGGCCAUUUUCUACGAGUGUGUCCCAGUGAUUAUAUCUGAUAAUUUCAUACCCCCGUUUUUUGAAACAUUGAACUGGGAGGCUUUUGCCAUUUUUGUUCCAGAGAAGGACAUUCCAAAACUGAAAGACAUACUCGUAUCAAUCCCAGAGAAGAGGUAUCGCGAGAUGCAGCGGAGGGUUAAGCUGGUGCAGCAGCAUUUCCUUUGGCACGUCAAGCCUGUAAAGUAUGAUAUUUUCUACAUGAUUCUCCAUUCAAUAUGGCACAACAGAGUUUUUGGAGUAAGACCUAAGUGACAAAUGUACACAAAUAGAUAGUUUUCAGAGUUUUAGAUGUUUUAGUGCAGCAUUCUUUUGAGAAAUAUGUAAUAAGUUGCAUCAAUGUAUCUCAUUAUUUCCUGUACAUAGCCUUGAGAAGAGACAAUUUGUUGUUUCAUUUUCUGGCAUCUCUCUCCUUGUUUCUUCUCUUAUUUGGACAAAUCUAUAGUACAUCUUUGUGCUUUGCUAGUUGAUGCACUAUACUAGAAACCUUUGACAGACCAA